AUGGUAGAUCCUUUGGAUGGCUCUACAACUGUUGAUUGUGCACCUGCACCAGUUUCAGGUGAAAAGGAACAUAAACUUAGAUCUGAUGUUUGGGAAUAUUUUGAUCUCAUUAAAUAUAAAGAUGGAUCAAAGAAGGGAGUGUGCAAGGCUUGUAAAGUGGGAUAUAAAUAUGAUAGCCAGAAAGGUGGAACCUCAUCUAUGAAAAGGCAAAAGUGCCGUGAGCGUCAUUCUCAGGACAUAUGGCAAAUGAUUUUAUCUUCAAAGAAUGGCCAGUUGUCUUCCCGCUUACGCAAAAUUUAUCAGAUGAAGUUUCAGGAUCUUAUUUCAGAAUUACUCAUUGCAAGAAAUGUCCCAUUGGCUUUGGUGGAGUGGAAAGAAUUUAGGGACAUAUGUGGUUAUCUAAAUGAGGAUGCUAAACCAUUAUCAAGGAAUACUGGGAAAGCCGAUAUCGUCAAAAAACAUAAUGCACAAAAAGAAGUUAUUCGAAACAUAUUGAAACUUGCUCCAGGUAGGAUGUGUCUAACAUCAGACAUGUGGACCUCUGUUACGACUACAGGGUAUAUAAGCUUAACUGUCCACUUUGUUAAUCAAAAUUGGGAACUAAAGAAGUAUCUACUGAAUUUUUGUGAACUUCCACCACCUCAUACAGAUGGACUUGUGAAGAUUGAUCCAGUUGUCCUUAAGUUAAGAAAGUCAGUGAAGUCGCUUAAAAAGUCCCAAGUAAGAAAACAAAAAUUCUUGGACAUUGUUGAUACUUUAGGAAUGUCUGCAGUAAGAAGGGGUGUUCGUCAAGAUGUUAAGACAAGAUGGAAUUCAACUUAUCUUAUGUUAGACAGUUGUCUUGUGUAUAGAAGUGUUUUCGCUCACUUGAAGGAGGUGGAUUCAGACUAUACAAACUUCCCAACUGACGAAGAAUGGGAUCAAAUUGAAGUGGUCACAAAGUUCCUCAAGACGUUUUAUGAUCUCACAACUUUGUUUUCUGGUAGUAAGUAUCCUACCUCCAAUCUAUAUUUUGAAGGAGUUUGUCAAGUUCAGGUGUUAUUAAAAAAAGAAAGCACAAAUGAAAUUGAAUUCAUUGGGGACAUGGUGAAAGAGAUGCAAGAAAAGUUUAACAGUUAUUGGGAGAACUUAAGUCCUAUAUUAGCUAUGGCACUUGUGUUAGAUCCUAGAUUGAAACUGAAGUAUCUAAACUUUGAUUAUUCCAAGUUGUAUCCUGAUGUAAGACAAUUAGAAAGUAAAGUUUCUUAUGUGCGUGAAGAUAUGAAAAAACUUUAUAAUGAGUAUUACACCUUGUCAAGAGCUUCUGGUAGUGGAACUCAGAAUUUUGGUAUUCAAACUGGUGCAAAUUCUGCCCAUCAAGGAAGUGAGUGGAUCCAGGAAUAUGUUGCAGCACAGGAAAGUGGUGGUGAUCUGCAAUCUGACUUGUCAGAGUUGGAUCAAUAUCUUAGCGAGAAAUAUGGAUUUGUUAAUCAACCGCUCGAUAUCCUAAUGUAUUGGAAAGCCCAGGAACAACGAUUUCCAGUACUUUCAAGAAUGGCAGGGGAUAUUUUGUCAAUUCCUAUUUCAACCGUCGCUUCGGAAUCUGCAUUCAGCAUUGGUGGAAGAGUAAUUGAUCGGUUUCGCAGUUCUUUAUUACCUGAAAAUGCUGAGGCGUUCAUAACAACUCGUGAUUGGAAACAUGGAGUUGGAGAAGAAGAUAUGGAUGAAGACAAUGGGAUUAUUGGAGAAGAUGUAUUAGGAUUUGAACUUGGUCCAGUGGAGGAUAGGACAGAUGAGAAUGGGGAAGAAGUGGUUAUUAAUAUCUUUAUUGUUGCACUCGGUGAUACAAAGUACAAAGUUACAAACAAUGGUAUUACUACUGUUUCGAAGAUUUCGUUGGUACCGAUGACGGAUCAGCCUCUAGCUCACAGUGUUAGGGGUCCUGAUAAUUCCGCACAUUAUGCUAAUGAUUUGGAGUGGAAGGAAAAAGACGACGCGGUCAAGUGGGUUAUUGAAAAAUCAAAAGAGAAGAUAAAGAAUUGUAGGAUUCAUAUCCAAAAACCGAAGGCAAAGAAAGUUACUAAACAUGAAAAAGAGGAAGAUGAACGUCUUAGCAAAUUAACUAAAGAGGAGCGAGAGAAGGAGAAAGAGAAAGAGAAAGAAGACGAAGAAUGGAAAUAA